CAGGGUGUCUAUUGUGUGUCUGUAAUGCAGGCUCAGUGGGUGUGAACUCUGGCCAUGUGCUCUGUUCAACACAAGAGGGAUAAUCUCAGAAGCUGACCUAGCAGCAAACAAACUGUGUGGGUGCUGCUCUGAAGUCAGUCACUGCUUUUGCAAUUACCACAAAUGACACGGACUAGUGUUGAGCCGAACGCCUUAUCAUCACGUCAGCAAGACAGAUCCUACUAUUCAACUAGUUUCUAUCUGCGGCGCUAAAUCAGCCAUAUGACAGGCAACAAGAAGGUGAACGAGACAGACCUAGGGGGAGGAGACUGCGGAACCCAAUAUGUUCACCUCUAAAUGGAAUUAAACACACUUGAGAAAAAAUGAACAAUGUUAACUGCUGAAAAAGGGAAGCAGGAGAAGAAACUUAAUGAUGCAACGGACCAGUGAGUAGGAAACUACAUGGGAGAGGAGACUGGAAAAAGAAACCAUACGGAAAAUGUGUGUAUGUAUGUAUGCGUGUUUGUGCUCAUCUGUGUGAGUUCUGAGCGUGUGCCUUUGUCAGGUGCGCUCGGGUGCUACUGCCGGUUACCAGGCAGAGACACCCUCCCCUCAUGGGGAUGUGGGGGAGUGACUACUGGGGAGUGUACAACAAGAAGAAAAAAAAAACAAAACCACACAUCUACAAAUGACUCGCACAAAAUCGUUCUCAAGCUCAGAGAGCAGCAUAGCUUCCCAGAUCAUUUUCAGUCGCAACAACACUCUUGACAAAUCGGGUUCAAAUAUAAAGCAACAACCACUUCUGCUGCUGUGCUUUUGUAGCUGAUGAUGGCACCAAUGGACAUACUGUUUUACUCUCCUUUGGACUCUGUAACACCUUGAGAGUACUUAAUACAAUUUCAAUUCAAAGAGCAUGCACUCAUGUCAAUCCUAUUUGAUCACUGUAAGGAUUACACACUGAGCUGCGUCAAAGGAGUUUUAUCUGCGGUGGUGCUGUCCGGACUGCAGUGACGACGGGUUAUUAUGUGCCAGUUUGAACCUACAAAACGCAGGUUCCUGUUUUGCCUGGGAAUAAGUUUUAUGGUCUGCUCGGUUAUUUAUUUGAGCAAUGACAUCCCAACAGACCCCAAGCCCCUAGAAGCUGUUAGUUGCAGGCCCUUCUCAUCUGCAUGUAAAGCCUAUCUGCCCGGUGCUAGGGAAGGAGUAGAAUGGCAACGUCGUGACUGUCAGGUGGAAAGCUAUAUUUUGAAUGGUCAACUGGAGUGUUCGGAAGUAGCCAAAGACCUGCAUUUCAUAACAAGUCCUCUGAGUCAUGAGGAGAUGGACUACCCAUUAGCAUUUAUUGUGACUGUUCACAAGGAACUGGAGGUUUUUAUUCGUCUACUGCGAGCAAUCUAUAUGCCACAAAAUGUCUACUGCAUUCAUGUGGACUCCAAGGCUCCACUGGAGUACCAUGUGGCUGUACGGAUGUUGGUCAGCUGUUUUAAAAAUGUCUUUGUCUCCAGCCGCCGUGAGACGGUGACCUAUGGUGGCUUUUCCCGUUUACAGGCAGAUUUACACUGCAUGAAGGAUCUAGUAAAGUCCAAGGUUGGCUGGAAGAAGGUGAUAAAUCUAUGUGGACAAGAUUUCCCUAUCAAGAGCAACCUAGAACUGGUGCGUUACAUGAAGAGUAAAGAGUGGAGAGACAUUAACAUGACGCCUGGAGUCAAACAACCACCAACCAUGAAGUACAGGACGCAGUUUCAGCAUAGGGAGAUCAUGGGGUCAUUUGUGGUCAAUUUAGGUCUUAAGAAAGAUCCUCCUCCAUACAAUCUGGAGCUGUACUUUGGAACAGCCUACUACGCUCUCACAAGGCCCUUUAUAGACUUUGCUCUGACAAACCCAAUUGCCCUAGAACUGUUGGAGUGGUCCAAAGAUACAUACAGUCCAGACGAGCACUACUGGGUGACACUCAACCACAUUAAAGAGGCUCCAGGUAACAACAUCGAAGGAGGCUGGAAAGGAAACGUCCGUGCAAUUAAAUGGUCAGAUCAAGAAGGAACAGUGCACAAUGGUUGCAAAGGUCAUUAUUUAAGAGAUAUCUGUGUCUACGGAAUAGAAGACUUGCCAUGGAUUAUCAACAGGAACAGCAUGUUUGCCAAUAAAUUUGAAAUGUCCACCUUUCCUGAGGCACUGGACUGUCUAGAACAGUGGCACAGAAACAAGGUACUGAGGAGCGCAACUGUUUCCAUAGAGCCAUCGUGGCUGCUGGCCACUCCAAACAGCUCAAGCAGCAACAUCUUUAACAUCAGUACUGAAGCAUAAAAUCACUGUUGAUAGUCUUAACAAAAGCUAAUGUGCAAGUAAACACGAUUAUUUGCUUUUGUUAUCUGUUGUGAAUGUUUCUAAUGUGAUUAACAUAAAGCAGUAACAACACAAAGAUGAUGCAUUUUGCAGUUUCAAAUUCUGCAGCCCAACAUCUUCUGACUACCUUUUUUGAUAAUCUUAGAACAUAACUUUUCACAUUUGCAAAUAGUCAAGGUCAAAGGACUAAACUAUCAAUACAAUACAGCAAAGUCAAAGAAAUUUCAGAUCCCUCAAAUAAUGUGUACUUUAGGUUACAAGAAUAAGACAGCACUUGAGACAAUAACCAAAAACACAAAGUAUUGAAUAACAGACUGACCUAUUUAUUUAUUGUUUCAACCAACUUAAUGUUUGUCAUUUUGUCAUGUGUUGUUUUACAGAAAAGAGACAUACCUGUUAAAAGUGCCUGUGUUCUAAUUUUUUUAUGAAUAUAUACAGAGGAAGCAGAAGCUAUUAACCUAAUAAAAACAAUGUGA